UUAAAUUGGCCUUCCCCUCAGUUCCUUCUUCUCCAGCAGACAGUUUCUCUGGAUGGAAAAUCCAAUUCCUUAUGGUGGCAGAAAUGGGAAUAUCGGAAAUCAACGAUUAUCUUCUGCAAGAUAUUCUAUCCAAAUUGCCGGCGAAAUCCUUCGCAUCGGCAUCAUGUGUCAACCGUGCUUGGAAUCACAUCUGCGCUCGCAUUCUCUGUCGUCCUAAUUUCAUUUCAGCUUUAUCUUUGAAUGCCUCGCUUCAUGAAGCUGUCAAAGAGGUUACUGAUAAAGCUCUUUCAUGCCCAAUUCGACCCCAAUUCGCAAUUGUCUCUAUUUGUCCCUUCUUUAAUCUGAAUGAAGCUCAUGGACUUAUAAUGGAGAAAUUGGGUACUAAAAUCCCAAUUGUUACAUGUGCAACUGGUGGUAUUAUGGGAAAACAUGCUCUAACUGAUGAAUUUCAAGAGGUGAAGUUCCCAUGUUAUGACACUGAUGAUAUUUUUGAACCUCCUAGUAGUGGGGGAAUUUCAUUGACAGUUGCUUAUUUACCAGGAUUUGAAGUUGAUGUUGUUCCUCUAUUAGAGGGGUCGAAUAUCAAUAAGUUUGUGAUGGACACGAGGAACUUCUCAGCCACUGUAUCGGGCUGCACAUCCCCUGAGGCAAUAAUCAUAUUUGGAGAUUCACAAUCUGACAUGAAACCUGUUAUUGAAAACUUAGAUUGUGCGUUAACUGAAGAGACUAUCAUUGCUGGAAAUGAAAGCUGCAGUUUCAAGUAUUCGACACAUCGAGGAAAUGAAUCAUCUGACGCGUACACUGUAGCUCUCGUGUUUGCAAGGCAUAAAAAUAUGUUCAAUGGUGCAGGGAAAAUUGAGUUUCAUUUUGCUGUAGGAGCUGGAGUCACUGCUUUGGGUCCAAUAUAUAGAGUAGUUUCUGCAAAAAUUAGGCGCAAUGAGUUUACAACAUGGUUGACCGCUAAACGAGAGGGGGAAAAUGAGAUUCUGGAUGGCCAUGAAAUGUUAGAUGAUUUAGAAUUGGAGAUGGCUGAGCCUCUCUCAAGUUAUGAUCUGUACAUUGGGGUUAGAAAAAGAAGAAAAUAUUCUGUUGGUUCAGAGCAGAUCAAAUCAAUGAUGUCUUUAACCUAUCAUCCUAUUCAGGAGGGUGAUGAGCAAUACUUGUAUGUUGGUGGUUGGGACAUCAAGACUGGAGAUUCAUUUUCCUUUUAUACUCCUGACGUAAAUCGCGCAUUAACCUCUUGUGGUACUGUUGCCAAAAACUUUGGCAAGUUAAAGCACAAGGAAAUGAUAGGAGGUUUUGUCUUUGCUUGCUGUGGAAGGGGUGAAACGUUCUUCGGAAAACCAAAUGUGGAUAGCUCCCCAAUCUUGGAUAAUUUUCCCACCAUUCCACUUGCGGGAAUGUAUUGUGGUGCAGAAAUUGGAGGUGGCUCCCCUAAUUUAGGGAAUUCAAAUGAAGAACACGAGCAAGAUUUCCCAGACACUCACUUACAUGUAUACAGUACGAUUUACCUACUCAUGUCUUACAGCUCUCCUUCUAGGCCAUAGGAUGUUCUUUUACGAAGCGAUUGAUAAGUUUGCUUGGUUUUUCGUUGAUGUAGCCCUUCUUAUGAGGUUGUAUCAUAGUCAAAUUGUCUUUUACUUUGUAAUCAUAUAAAGGAACAUCAGUACUGAUUUGUUAUAAACCCAUGAUUUAGACUGGAUUAGAUGUAAAAGGAGGUUCUUAAACUGAUUCCACCAAAAAUUGGUAGGACUUUUGAAUCAAGGAACAAGAGUUAUGAUUUA